GUAUCAGUAUCUUCAUAUCAGUAUCUGUUUAACUAUAAUUAUCGUAAAUGGCUGACGUGUUUCAUUGGUGCAAAAUCGCAGCGGCACUUAUUGUCGUAGCGACGACACUAUUGCAUGCCAUCCGCAUGCAUCGUGAAGGCGCUUCGACGUGUUUCGGUUUGAUGUCGUAUGGCUGGUGGAGGGACGACACGUGGCAGCCGUACGGCUGCGUUAUGCACCGCUACACGACAAGGGAUGCUACUAGUUGCUUACGGAGAAAGCGUGUUGCAGUCGUAGGAGACUCUCGGAUGAGAGAUAUAUUUUUGCAACUAAGAUCAAAACUAACGUACACUGCAUUGGGUUCUCUGGAUGUGAAAGUGCACUCUGACAUGAACUAUCAAGAUUUGAGUACGGACGUGUCUGUGAGGUUUUAUUGGAAGCCACUGCUAGACGAAUCAAUGCACAAACUCUGGACAGAAUGGGCUGUUUCUCCUCACUCGGCACCUCACAUCAUUGUCUGGUCGUCCGCGCUGUGGGUCACCAAGAUGCAAGGGUUUGGCGAAAAACCUCUGAAAGACUUCAAGGCCAAUCUCACUAAACUGAAAAUUGCACCGAUCAAGAUGCUCAGACAUAAAGCCGACAUACUAUGGAUAGAACAAUUGCCUCUUGUUGAAGAUCUUCUCGUGCCUGAAAGACCAUACACGAACAACGAACUUGACAAAUACAACGCCAUUGCAUCGGACGUGUUAGCAGGGAGUGAUGUUGAAAUCGUGAGCUCAGCACGUGUAGCGGCUCUCGGUCGUCAUGACGACACAAGCGAUGGCAUGCACUAUAGAGGACAAGUGCUGCAAUUGGUCGUUGAUCUGAUAUUGAACAAAGUUUGUAAUGCUGAGUUGACUCCUCGUGAUGCUACCUGCUGUCUUCCGACUCCGCACCCAACGUUAGUGCAACUACUUACAGGAGUGUUUUUUCUCCUGUGCUGUAUUGCAGUGGGUCCAUUGUGGGUGUGGAAAUCAAGACUAAAGCUCGAAGUGAAUGAUGUUGAGUCGGCCCAACAGAAGACUGCAACAUCUGUUGAUGUAGCAUUUAGUGUCGUGUCGAGUCUUGCUAAGUUUGGCCUUAUUCUGUUGUACACGUUUCUUGCAGAUAGAACACCUCUCUUUAUGAAGGAAACUAAAGUCUACCACAUUUCACAGUUUCUUGUAUUAAUGGCAAUCAUUUUAAUUCUGGGUAUAAUGUCAUUCGAACCAGUUAGCAAGGCUGAGUUGCUGAAUCGUGAUCAGACAGAAGAAUGGCGUGGUUGGAUGCAGCUUGUCAUUCUUGCGUAUCACUACGUUGGUGCCAGUCAAGAACUAAGAAUAUACGUGUGGAUCAGAGUGCUUGUCGCUUCGUAUAUUUUUAUGAGUGCGUACGGACAUUUUUCGUAUUUCUGGAGUAAGGGAGAUUAUGGAUUAGUACGAGUGUGUCAGGUGCUGUUUCGUUUGAAUUUGUUAACCGUUUUGCUGUGUCUGACAAUGGAUCGACCGUAUCAAGCGUACUACUUUGUCCCUCUUAUUUCGUUCUGUUUCUUGGUUGUCUACGCGAGCAUGUCCGUCUGGCCUCGUGUCAAUGUACCAGCAAUAAAAGAUCCUGCAAGUGGUCGGCAUUUGUGGAUGAUGGCAGCAAAAAUACUUGUCUUGUUUUUCAUCAGCUGGUUUCUGUGGAGCCAAGAGUGGCUGUUUGAUUCAUUGUUUUCAUGGUGGCCGCUCAUUGAGCUGUUUCGUACUGAAGAUGGGAAAGUGCGGGAGUGGAGAUUUAGAUCCGGACUUGACAGAUUUAAUGUGGUGUAUGGUUUGGUGUUUGGUUUGGGUGUGUUUGUUGCGAAGCAGAGAGAGUGGAUUGCGUCACAUAACUCGUGGUUGGUGUCUUCCUCUUGUGCUGUGUUAUCAGUGGUUUUGUCAGCUGUAGGUCUACUGCUGUAUGCUGUUGUUUCAAUUGAGUGUACAAGCAAGCCACAUUGCAAUGCUAUUCAUACAUGGUUGUCGUUUUAUCCGCUUACUGCUUUUAUCAUUUUACGGAACGUUCCUCCUAUGGCUCGGUCGCAUUACAAUACUAUAUAUGCAUGGGUGGGAAAGAUAUCAUUGGAGCUAUUCAUUAGUCAAUAUCACAUCUGGCUUGCCAAUGACACAAAAUCUCUCCUUGUGUUCAUCCCUGGGUAUCCUCUAGUGAAUGCAGUCGUGAUGUCGUUCAUAUUUGUCUGCAUAGCCCAUGAGAUAUCAGCCAUCUCUGGUGUGUUAGCUCAGCAUGCUGUGCCAAAGGAGAGCAAAGCACUCAAGAAACGGCUGCUCUGGUUUGCUGUUUUUCUCGUUCUUGUCUGGGCUUUGCGACAUCCAACUGUACGACAAAAAUUUCAAUUGGUAUGAAGUGACCAAACUGCGAGACUAGAAUAGAAACCUAUAUAUCAUGUGAUUAUGAUAUAAUGGUUUCUUAGGUCUUUCUGUGGCGAUUGUUGUUUUAACAUGUAUAGAGUUUACGCUGGGCGCAAUAUUCGUAGGUGGCAGGAUUGUUUAUGUUUAGAUCAGUAACUGGUUUUGAUGAUACAAUGUUACAGUUAAUCUUGAUUUGUUUGUUGUAUCUCAGUGUUUGGAAUAUCCAUAUUGACAUAUGCUAACAACAA